AUGUCUAUCAGCCUUGAUAAAAUCAACUUCUGUUACCAAUACCCUCCGCCUAAAACGGGUACUACCUCUCGUUGGAAGCCAUAUCAAGUCCCUUCAGCUUCAGCGCACAGUCCACAUCGAACUUGCCUCCUUCCAUCUGAGCCAGGUGUCUCGACAGUAAGCGCUCCAACCCGAAGCGGUGCUGCAGAGACCACCCAGAGUUUGACCAUCUCACCUGGUGGAAGUACGAUGGGAAUCCGCAAUGAAUUUGACGUCGGGAUAGAAGGUAUGACUCUGGUAGAACACAGUUCGAAUGUGUCGGAGAAGGGUCCAGGGACGCGCCAGGCUUGUGGCUUCCUCGAUGAGACCGCCAAGGAUAUAUCCUGGAGCCUGAGCGCCUCUUCAUCCGCUUCCACGUCAGAGCCAGCACAAAUCCAGACAAGCGACGGCGAUAGCCACAAAAACCCGCAUUAUAAAACAAUUGUUCUGGAUGAUAUCUCGCCGGAGCAGUCGGAGGAGCAGGCGUCCCUCCUAAUGCAGCCUGCUAUGUCUUUUGACUCUGGACUGGUUGCAACUGAGCCAGAAAUCUCAGCCUUCUCAAGAGCUAGGACUCUGGGCUCGCCUGAAGAAAGUAUUGAGGUUUCACGGAUUUCAUGCCAGAGCACUGCACGAUCGACUCCGUCAAUUUGUGACGAUCUAUGUGCACGUAUCUCUCGGCCAUCCUCGAUAGGCGUCCUGGAGCAUAUGCUCAACCUGGGAAGGGAGCCUCAAACUGAAAAUUCCCACACUGAAGAAAGCACCGUUGGAGACUCUCAGGGCCAGGAAGCCGCAAGCUAUAGAGCCACAGAUGCAGUGAAUAAAGCAGAUUGCAUGGAGAGCCUCAGAUACGGACCCGUUGGGCCCGAAGACCAAAGCGCAGUUACAGGCGAGAGAGGAGACAGUGGCGCCGCCGCUUCCGGUCCUAAGAGAUCACCCAUCAGACAAAGUUGCCGUAUCCCCUGUCAUCCUCAGACGAAUAUCAGAGAGUCGAAGCGGAUCAGACCGGUUUCCGAGAACUCACCGAUCCGUGAACCCAGCCGACAGAAGACCACGACGACCAAGAACACUUUGUGCCGAACACCCUAUGUUUGUGAACGCUCUAACAAAGACUAUGAGAGCGAAGGCUAUCCGACAUUGACAUCCAAACCAAUUGGCGAAUCAAACGAACGCCUAUCGAAAAGAUGUGGGCAUUUGCCCCAAAUUGAGACAACAGCAGGAUGUACUUCGGCGUUGGCCAAUGACACCACGAGAGAACAUUCAAAUUCACUCCAGAGGCCGCCGGACGGCAGCUUUCCGUCCACCGCUGGUGAAGCACAGGAGAUCUUUGGCCGAGGAAUUUUGCGUAUUCAACCCCACGGACCUCGGAAUGCGUAUGUCAUCACAUUUCUGCCGGAUGUCGUUCAACCGGCCUCUAUGCCAUCGACGUCCGAUAUGUCUUGGGAGAAGCCGCCCCACUCAACUAGCCGUGGACGGGCGAAUCAGUUAAGUGCCCCAGUGGCUGAUAGUGUGCCAGGUGCACAAGAGAAACUUCCCAUCGACCCUUUGAUUCUCGCCGAUGAUGGGCCAUGGGAAGCGGGAGAUCUAGAUCAGCCCUUCUCCCUCAGUGACGAUCCUAACCCUUCAGAGACGAUAUGUCCAUAUCCAGACCCUCGCCCCUUUUCUCCAAUGCACUUGGCCAGCGAGACUCUGUCGUGUUGGGGCAUGCAAAAGAGACUCAAAGUAUCAGCUCCCCCCACGACCGUUGCAGUGUUGCGGCCGUCAACCUUUCCUCCGGCAACCCCCUGA